CUGGCCCCUGCGCCCCUCGCCAUGCUGGCGCUGCCCCUGCUGCUGCUCCUCGCCCCGGCCCCCGCAGCCCGCCUGCCCGGCGCGCACGGGGCCCCUGCCCCCGCCACCCUCCGCCCGGGCGGCGAGCGGGAGGUGACGGCGGCACCCGCAGCGCCGAGCACCCCGGGGCAGCUGGGGGAGCCCGUCUCCGAGGGCGAGAGGCUGCGGCUGGCCGAGGGGAAGGCAGCGGGUGGUGAAGCCAGGGGCACCACGAAAAAAUCCGUGCGGGUUAAAGUAGUGAAGAAAAAAGUCUUGAAGAAGAAACCCAAGGCUUCGGCGCAGGGAGCAGCCACCGAGCAGCAGCCACAAUGUCCCCCGCUGGGGCUGGAGUCUCUGAGGGUGUCGGACUCGCAGCUACGAGCCUCCAGCAUCAAGCGCUACGGACUGGGUGCCCACCGGGGACGCCUCAAUAUCCAGUCCGGGAUUCACGACGGUGACUUCUACGAUGGAGGCUGGUGUGCUGGCCACAAGGACCGGGACCAGUGGCUGGAGAUUGAUGCCCGGCGGCCGACCCGUUUCACCGGCGUCAUCACGCAGGGACUGAACUCCAUCUGGACGUACGACUGGGUGACCUCCUACAAAGUCCAGUUCAGUAACGACACACACACCUGGCAGCCAGGCAGGAACGGGACGGAGGAGGUGGUGUUCCUGGGGAACAAGGACCCCGAGACGCCCGUGCUCAAUGCACUCCCCACCCCGGUGGUGGCGCGCUACAUCCGCAUCAACCCCCAGACCUGGUUUGAGAACGGCACCAUCUGCCUGAGGGCGGAGAUCCUGGGCUGCCCCUUGCCAGACCCCAACAACAUCUACUCCUGGGAGAACGAGCCGGUGCCGACCGACAAGCUGGACUUCAGGCAUCACAACUACAAGGAGAUGAGAAAGCUGAUGAAGGAGGUGAACGAGGAGUGCCCCAACAUCACCCGGGUCUACAGCAUCGGCAAGAGCUACCAGGGCCUGAAGAUGUACGUGAUGGAGAUCUCGGACAACCCCGGGCAGCAUGAGCUGGGGGAGCCGGAGUUCCGCUACGUGGCCGGGAUGCACGGGAACGAGGUGCUGGGCCGCGAGCUCCUGCUCAACCUGAUGCAGUACCUGUGCGGCGAGUACACCCGGGGCAACCCCCGCGUCGUCCGGCUGGUGAGCGAGACCCGCAUCCACCUGCUGCCCUCCAUGAACCCCGACGGCUACGAGACGGCCUACAAGCUGGGCUCGGAGCUGGCGGGCUGGGCCGUGGGCCGCUGGACCUACGAAGGCAUCGACCUCAACCACAACUUCGCCGACCUCAACACGGCCCUGUGGGACGCCGAAGACAACGAGCUGGUUCCUCACAAGUUCCCCAACCACUAUCUCCCCAUCCCGGAGUACUACACCUUCGCCAACGCCACGGUGGCCCCGGAGACCCGCGCCGUCAUCAACUGGAUGCAGAAGCUCCCCUUUGUGCUGAGCGCCAACCUGCACGGCGGGGAGCUCGUGGUGACCUACCCCUAUGACAUGACCCGCACCUACUGGAAGGCCCAGGAGCUGACGCCCACGCCCGACGACGCCGUCUUCCGCUGGCUCGCCACCGUCUAUGCCACCACCAACCUGGCCAUGGUGGACUCCGAGCGCCGCCUCUGCCACUACGAGGACUUCACCAGGGAGGGCAACAUCAUCAACGGCGCCAACUGGCACACGGUGCCAGGAAGUAUGAACGACUUCAGCUACCUGCACACGAACUGCUUUGAGGUCACUGUAGAGCUGUCCUGCGACAAAUUCCCGCACGAGUCCGAGCUGCCCAGGGAGUGGGAGAACAACAAGGAGUCCCUGCUGGUCUUCAUGGAGCAGGUCCGCCGGGGCAUUAAAGGGGUCGUUCGGGACAAGGACACCGAGCAGGGAAUUGCAGACGCCAUCAUUGCCGUGGACGGCAUCAACCACGACGUCAGAACAGCUUUCGACGGCGACUACUGGCGCCUGCUGAACCCGGGCGAGUACGAGGUCACCGCCGCGGCCGAAGGCUACCACCCCGUCACCAGGACCUGCCGCGUCUCCUACGAGGACAACCCCACCCUCUGCGACUUCCAGCUCACCAAGACGCCCAAGCAGCGGCUGCGUGAGAUCCUGGCCAAGGGGGGCAAGAUCCCCAAGGACCUGAUCCUGCGGCUCCGGCAGCUGCGGCUCCGCAAGCUGAGGGCCCAGCGGCAGGCCCGGUGAGAGGGGAUUAACCCCUUCUGGACUGUGUGGGGACGUAGAAGAGGGAUGUGCUCUGUGCGGCUCGCAGUCCCUCCCCCACACUCUCUAGUCUAGCAGCUUCUUGCUCCUCUGAGGAGUUUCACUUCUGGCUCUGACUCGUGAGUCUGCAGCGGGGUGUGACUGCCGGCCCAGUGUCCUCUUGGGGUCUCGUCUGUCCCUUCCUACCUCCUGCCCUGACCCUCCUGCUCUCCAGCCCGCAGCCUCAAGACCCUGCUUCUGAGCACCCAGAUGCUCCCAGUUCAGGGGGAGGGGUGCCUGGGCGUGGCAAGAAGACAGCAGAAAUCAGUGGCGCAGACAAAGCUGCAGGCGUGUUCCCUAGGGGCACAAGCAGCCGACAGGCACCCGGGAUGGGCUUUGCCAGCGGAAGAGGACUUUAUAACACCUCAGAGAGCAGCUUUCCCCCAGGAGGGUCUCAGCACGGCUGCUGUCGUCUAAGCCAGACCAGGGAGACCCCUGCUUAGUGGGAUCCUGCAGGUCCCGGUCCAGCCACCCAACAGAGGCGUCUGCUAACUGGUUCCGUUCUGCUCUGCCUGGAGGCAGCAGUAACCACAAGGCAUUUCGACAGCAGGCCCCAGGGCGUGCAGAAAAGGGAAGGGCCUCAGGAGUGUGAGCUGGUCCUGGGCAGGGCCACCCAGAGGAUUCAGGGGGCCAGGGGCAAAGCAGGGGAGCUGCGGUGCUUGUACUCACCCGGCGGCAG